AGCGCACAAAGAACUUGUAUCCCUAUUAAAAGUGUCAAGAGGUGUAACCUCUUGUCAAGCUGAUCAUCUUUUACUUUUGAAAAUUAAUGAGGACUUAUUAGUCCCACUUAUAUCAUGAUGAUUGUAUUUGCCAGCACGGAUUUUAAGUUUUACCCCGAUGAUCAUCACGACUGUGAUACCACUAGUGAGUCCGUCGAGAUGGGUGGAUGAGGAUGAUGCCUUCAAUAUCAUCGAUGAGGCCAACGAGUUAGGGGACAAGAUCGACACUAGUGACGAUAAUCAUACCAAGGAUGACUACGGUGACAAUGGAUGAUGGUUGAUGAUGAAACCGAGGACACCGGUGACAAAUGAGUGAUGAUCGAGAUUCAAGACUUCCUCGUGCUAGUGUUAGAUUCCUCAUCCUUUGUGUUUGUUUUUAUGAUGGUGGAGUGUCAAAUAAAGAUGAAGAAUUGAAUCACUCUAGCUAAUGGUUAUGUGCUCUUGUGGCUUACAAUGCAGUUAAAAUCAUGCUUUAAAACUUAAAAACUUACGCUUUUACUUUUUUGGGUCACCAAAACGCUUUUACGUAGAAUCGUGAUUUUUCCUUACAAAUGUAGUCAAAAUCUACGCUUUAAAACUUAAAAGCUUACGGUUUUACGCUUCUAGGUCACCCAACCGCUUCUAGAUAAAAUCGCGCUUUUGACUGCAUUUACAACUUCUAAUUACAGUUCAUUCCAGUCUUCUCCCUUCUUCUCCCCCUACAAUCCUACCAUGCCCUCUAUUUAAUCCCUUUUCUCAUCAUUUUUUUCUUAAAUGAACAAUAAUACUCUGUUUUGACUGUUUUCUUUGACAUUGUCAAUUUAAUAACAUAUACUGAAGUGUGGAAAAUUACUUAAAAUGGUAAAUCUAAAAACAACACAAGAAUAAACUAAUAUGAUAUGACAGAAUCCUAUUGGGGACCAUACUUAAACUACUAGAUAGUUUAUACACUUACAAAAUUAUUAGAGAACAAUUACUUGGUCCCAAUCAGAUCAAAUCGAAUUCUGAUUUAUAUUUCAUGGCUUCUCUUUUGGAGAAAAAAAAAAAAAAGACAGACCAUUUUACUAUAUAAAAUCAGACCAAGCAAAGUAGCAGACUACCCACGGGAUAGAGAAAGAUCUUUGUCUUAAAAUCCAGAGUGAGUGAGGGCCAUACUCCAUACACCAUACUUAACAGCUAAUCAAGCAUUUAACCGUUAAUGAAGACCUUAAACAAGUCCCAAAUCCACACUUUUCUCUUGUCAUUCAAUUCCAAAUCUUAAACCCGUUCAAGUUUUCUGCUUUCCCAUCCGUAUUUCUUGUUUUUUCCUCUACACUCUGUUCUCACUCUACACUCUACAGUCUACAACUUGCAGCCACUGUCCUUCAUUCAAAAAAAAAAAAAAACAAAUAAUAAAAAUGAAAUGAAAAGAACACAACUUUCCCUUUCUCCAGAAACAUUCCCCAGUUCUACCCAGUACCCUCCCUCUCACACUCUCUCUCUGUGCCUUUCCAUAGUUGAGCUGCGGAGGAAGAUCGAAGGGAGAGACACAGUUGAGGCAGAGAGAGAACAUGAGUCGGCCCCUGGGGGCAGUGAUUGGGAGGUACCCAUCAAGUGAUGGCAGCACCCAGAUUGAUGGAAUCAUUAAGCGCAACAGGAAAUGCAGAGAUUUGGCGUUUCUGGUAGUGUUCGUAGCCUUCUGGGUUGCUAUGAUUGUCAACUCCAGCUUUGGAUUCAACCAGGGAAAUCCAUUAAGGCUUACAUAUGGGCUGGACUACAAAGGAAAUGUUUGUGGUGACAAGCAUGCGCAUCCAAAUCUGCGAGAAUUGGAGCUCACAUACUGGGUCAAUCCCAAUCAGGUCUAUCUUAGUGGCUCCAAGAACAGCCAAUUCAAGUUGGCCAAUGCUAGGAGUAUAUGCUUGUUGGAUUGUCCUAGACCAACAGAUGACGGUCUGAAUUGGGUCUGUGAUUACCCAGAGGGUGAUAUCCGCAUAUCAAUGGAUGAUUGGAUCGACAGGAAUUAUGACUAUUACGAGUUCCUUACUCCUGAGAUGAGAAACUCCUCGCUUCAACUCCAGGGUCCUUGUUACCCUGUCAUUUUCCCUAGUGUAAACGUUCACUGGAGGUGUGAAUUUGUUGCUCGUGCAUCAAAUGCGUCUUUGAGACAUUGGCAAGUAAUGGGUGGAUUGAACAUCGACGAAGAUAUUAUAAUUGACAAGACUAUUCACAAGUCAGUCAAUGCUCGUUCGUCUGUGCUGAAGAGAUAUGUGGCAGAUAUCGGGAAGUCAUGGCCAGUAUUAAUCGUCUGUGGAGGACUAUUACCUCUAUUUUUGUCGGUGAUUUGGCUGCUGAUGAUUCGACACUUAGUUGCUGCCAUGCCAUGGGUUACAGUUGCCCUCUUUAAUGUACUCAUAAUUUCAGUGACAAUGUUCUACUACCUCAAAGCUGGAUGGAUUGGAAAUGAUGCUAUAUCCCCAGUCAUUGGCCCCCCUGAUCCAUACUAUCAUGUGUUUGGCCGAGAACUUAAUCACAUCCGCGCUGUUGCUAUUCUCAUGACCUUAAUCAUGGUGGUCUCUGUCCUUACAUCAAUUGCCAUAGCGCGACGCAUCCUAAUGGCCACAUCCGUACUCAAGGUGGCUGCUAAGGUGAUUGGAGAAGUUCAAGCACUCAUAAUUUUCCCAGUCAUACCAUAUGCCAUGCUUGCAAUAUUCUACAUGUUCUGGUUGUCAGCUGCUUUGCAUCUGUUCAGUUCUGGCCAGAUUGUCCAGAACAACUGCGACAAUUCAAACUGCUGCGCCUAUGAUCUUGUAUCGAAACGGGUGAACUGUGACCGGUGCUGUGGUUAUGGCGUUCGUUACACUCCUCAUAUUGCUAUUGCCAUCUUCUUCCACCUAUUUGGAUGUUACUGGGCCACCCAAUUCUUCAUAGCUUCUUCUGCAACUGUCAUCGCUGGUUCUGUUGCAUCCUAUUAUUGGGCUCGUGGUGAUACCUCGCCAGAGAUUCCGUUCCUCCCAGUUUUCGGCUCUAUGAAAAGGCUCGCAAGAUACAGCCUUGGGUCAGUUGCCUUGGGCUCUCUGGUGGUCUCAUUUGUGGAAUCCAUACGCUUCCUCCUAGAAUCGAUUCGCCGCAAACUGAAAGUCACUGAUAUAACUCCGGACGGCUGGAUUGGGAAGGUGCUGCACCAUAGCUCUGGAUUUUGUCUCCGGUGCGUUGAAUGGACCAUAAAGUCGAUUAACCGCAAUGCUUAUAUAAUGAUAGCUAUUACUGGGAAGAGCUUCUGCAGGGCUUCUGGGAUUGCAACUGAGUUGAUCAUGAACAACAUUUUGAGGAUAGGGAAGGUGAAUGUGAUUGGGGACAUAAUUCUGUUUCUGGGGAAGUUGUGUGUGAGCCUUUCGAGUGCUGUGUUUGCGUUCUUGAUGCUGGACACGCACAAGUAUAGAUCUUCGCAUAACAAGAUCUCUUCCCCGCUCUUCCCUGUGGUGGUGUGCUGGGGACUAGGUUACGUGGUGGCGACACUAUUCUUUGCAGUGGUCGAGAUGUCGAUUGAUACUAUAAUCCUAUCCUUCUGCCAGGACACGGAGGAGCACCAGGGGACGGCGCAGUACGCCCCUCCUCUUCUCAUGGAGACGUUGAAUGAUCAGAAUGAGAUGCAGAGACUAACUCAAUGAAGAAAAAGGGGUUGUUUAUAUCAUCUAUUCUUUUGAUGGUUUCUGAAAAUGUACAAGUAGCAGCAGUAGUAUAAGUAGUUUACUUUGCUAUGAGGAAAAUUAAUGCACUCAACUAAGUUGAUUUUGAGAAUCUAGUAUAGUCAGCGUUAUGAUUAGUUAAAAUUACUAAAGUCAUAUCCUUUUAUAUCUCGACACCAUGAGGUGUCUAGUUACAGUAGAAAGGGUAAAGAAAACAAGACAGCAAGA